AAAAUGGUGAAGAGGAACCACAGGAGCUGUUGGUGUUCGGAUAUAGCUGCAAAUUAUUUCGAGACGAUGACAAGGCGAAAAUGAUUGAUCAGGGGAAGCAUUUGAUACCAUGGAUGGGCGAUAACACAUUGAAGAUAGACAGGUUUCUGCAGGUGUUGGCCGUAUGAACGCGCAGUGUUGAAGCGCGAUAUGCGCUCUGCACGGGCGCAGAAUAAGGUGCUCUUGUGGCUUGGCGCUUAUGGCUGACCAUCUGUGCAGCAGCAAGAUACGAUGGACGUGGAGCACUGGGGGAUUUAAGGAUUCAUGAGCCACCGGCAGGUGGUUUUGAUCAACGGACAAUACUCACAGAGGAUGAACUUAAAGUUGAACAGCUCUGUGACGAAGAAAGAUACCGAUCCUUGUAUAAUAAUGACGCAGAAGAUUCCAUGUAUCAUGAAGAAGAGAUGAAAAGAUUGCAUCAAGCAUUGGAAUCAGAAAAUUCUUAUACUCAAGUAGCAUAUAAUUAUAACGAGGAUGAAAACAAUUCCAAGUUAGCGUGCGAAGACUCACAGAGUCCAAAACAAUCAGAAGGAUCGCAAGAAGAGGAUCAAGCUUUUGUACCGCCGCCAGAUCUUGAAAUACCGGAAGGCAUGACAGUGCCCGAGACACAGAAGUUAAAUGCAAUUAUCACAAAAACAGCACUAUUUAUUAGUCGUCAAGGGGGCCAAAUGGAGAUUCUUCUAAAGGCGAAACAAGCGAACAAUCCGCAAUUUUCGUUCUUAUCGAUAGGUGAACCGCUACAUCCGUAUUACAAGUUUGUGCUGGAAGCUAUCAAGACUGGAAAAUAUAAUCCCGAAAAACAACCUGAAAAAGAAGAAUCUGAACCUGAGGAAGAAUCAGAUGAAGAUGAUCAACCAUACCUUCACCCAAGCCUAGCGCCAUCAUUUGCCAAAGUAGAAGCGGCUCCUAGCAUACCAAGCAUACAGUACAAGCCCUCCGCGGACUGUGCUUAUUCAAUGCUUGUAAACAAAAUCACAGGAAAACCACCGCCACCUAAAAUACCACAGUUAUUAGAUGUUGGUGUUCAACAAAUGCCGACUUCUGGAUAUUAUCAGCCCAUUGUGCCGCAGAGUUAUACUCCGUACACCGCAACACCUUUACAAUAUUCGCAUGGUCCAGUUAUAUACGGACCGAACGGUCAAAUUCAAUCUCCACCUCAGCUACCAGUACCGGCUGUACCUGUUGUUUCUACCGAAGAAUCUACAACGCCAACGCCUCAAGCAAAAGAAACACCUUCUUUAGUACCCUACGGACCAACACCGCCAAAAACAUUGAGCAGACCAUCAUUCAUCGUACCACCGGCAGACGUUCAAAUAAUUAUCGACAAGAUGGCGAGUUACGUAGCAAAAAAUGGCCGAGAUUUCGAAGCUAUAGUAAAGAAUAAAGGUGAUCCAAGAUUUAACUUUCUCGAAUUGUCGCAUCAGUAUCAUGGAUAUUAUGCGCACAAAUUGACCAUGUACGAAGGGGCCAUAAAUCCUAAAGUUUUGACCGAAGAAGAAUUACUUCAGAAGCAGGAGCCGCAAGAGGAGAAGCAAAAGAAGCUGGAGGAAUUACAGAAGAAACAGCAAAGAAUGGAGGAAGUACAAAAGCGUGUGAAAAUGAUACAAGCUAAGAAGAAGAGCGAUACGAAAACGAAACAAACUCCGGGAAGCAAACAAAUCACUACUGUAUCGUUUUCUAUAAAGAAACCAAAGGAAGGUGAGAACGUAAUUAUUGAAAAGAGAAAUGCCUUGCCGUUGGAAGAGAGUGACGAUGAAAUGGAACCCGAAAAGAAAGAAACUAAUUCUAAACCAAGUUCCCCGCAAAAUUGUAACGAACAAACGACUGCAAUAAUAAAUACCGAUAAAGAAACGCCAAAGGUAGAAAUAAAGAAAUCUAAGAGCGAAGAAAAGGAAUUGGUCGAUCUGACCGAUGACAUACUCGAAGAUUGUCAAUUAGAGAUAAGGCACAAGCAAGUCGAAGAUAGAAUAAAAGACAAAUUAGUUGCAGCGGCCCGUGACAAAUUAGCUGCUACGUCCAGAGAAAAACAAUUACAAUUGGAACGAAAGAAAAAGGCGGCCAUGUUUUUAAGUCAGAUUCAAACAACGAGCUCCAAAAUUGGUACUUCUACGACACCUAAUAUAAGAAAAGACGAUUCCGACGAAGUUUACUCCGUUCCAUCGCCGUCCUUGGAAGAUGAUAAUAAAUCAGAAGAAAUAAAAAUUUGUGGUAAUUCGUUGAUGGAUCGACUAAAGGGUGCAGAUUUAAGUGGGAAAAGAUCACGUCAACGAUCUAGAAGUCGUAGUGGAAGUCGUAGCCGUAUUGAAAGACAUAAAGUUCACAAAAAACACAAGAAAAAGAAAAGUUCUCACAGAAGCAGUUACGACAGUCCAAGUAGCUCUCGUAAUCACAGAUCUAAGAAAAGCAAAAAAUCAUCUUCGAGACAUAGAUCUCGAUCACGAACUCCGUCGCACAGACAUCAACAAAAUGUACGAAGAAAAGGGAGCAACUCGAGUUACUCUGAUUCGAGCUCGUCUUGAGAUACUUAAAAAGCGUUUUUUUUUUU